AUGAAAGACAACUUAUCUGCUAUUCUUUAUGGAAUCAAUGACAUUCGACUAGAACAACGAGAGAUGCCAAAACCGGCCGCUAAUCAGCUGCUAAUCAAAGUCAACACUGUUGGAAUAUGUGGUUCCGACGUCCACUUUUGGCAGCGGGGUGCCAUUGGAAACUUUGUGGUAAAGGAACCAAUGGUGCUUGGACAUGAGACGAGUGGAGUCGUUGCAGGUUUGGGCACCGGAGUAAAAGGAUUCGAUGUAGGAGAUCGAGUAGCCUUAGAACCUGGGAUUCCAUGUCGUAUUUGUCAAUACUGCAAGGUGAAGAACAGUCUUUUGAGAUUUACUUGA